GAAGAGACCGCAGAAAGAGGGCCGAAAGAAACUUUAGUGAAAGCCAUCGAAAUUAAAGCAUUGCCUCACGAAUGCUUGUGCAAGGCCAAUGGGACGGGAUUCCGAGAGCAGCCGGCGGUCCAUAAGGAAGACAGUUGUUUGGAUCGAAUUGGAGCAGUCCUGAGACGGGCACCGAUCCUUGGAGCACGCGGCCGUCGAAACGUGUGUUUCCAUGUUUCGGUUUAUCGGAAGUUGAAAAUCUCGGAGCCACCUCGGAGUGACGAGAGGAUUCGCGCUGGAAUGCCCGGAGAUGCUGUCCUACGUAACGGAUCCACUCAGAAGUCUCGUAGGAGCGAAUAGACGCAGCGCAUGAGAUAACUAGACGUGCAAUUAAUCAUUGGUAAAUUAGCAGUGCUAUUCUACAAGUAUGGCGACACAAGCACUUCGUAGUAUUCAGAGGCUGAGUCAAGUAACAAUACGCUUGGAUGCAGGAGUAAGGACGUUGAACCCCAUAUUAAGAUGUGCAUCAACUUUGUCGAAAGCUAGAAUUGUAACAGGACCAAAUAAUGAGAAGAUUAUUAUGCCUUCGGCUGGUGAGGCUUCUUACCCGGAAACCUUGAUCCACGAGUUUGUUUGGAAUAAUAGCAAAAAUUAUCCUAAUUAUAUUGCUUUGGAAUGUGGCAUAAGUGGCAAGAAGUACACGUUCGCGCAAGCCAAAGAUGCGACAAGUUAUAUCGGCAGAAGUUUGCGGAACAUGGGUCUCAAAAAGGGCGAUGUAGUAGCACUAGCGGCACCUAAUUUUCCGGAUACAGUUUUAGGUCUUCUUGGGAGCUUGUCAGGCGGACUUGUUGUCACUACCGUAAAUCCAAUAAAUACGAGUGAGGAAAUGCAGAGACAAUUGUUGAAAGUUAAUGCAAAAGCAGUCAUUACUUCGACUGCAAUUGCAUCCACAGUGCUCGCUGCAACAAGGGCAUGUCUUCCACGUGAUACUCCUUUUAUUGUGAUUGACGAUAAGAUUGGCCCCAUGCCAGAGGAUUCGAUUCCUUUCGAUGCUCUCAUAACGCGAGGCAAAUCAUUGCAACCUGUAAAUCCAAACAUUAAUUGCGACGAUUUAGCGGUUUUACCAUUCUCAAGUGGCACGACUGGAUUACCAAAGGGUGUUAUGCUAACACAUCGUAAUUUGGUGUCUAAUAUAAUGAUGGUUCAGGCUUCUUUAAAUCCUGAUCCAUUUUACCCUACGACAAGCACAUUUCAAGAAGUAAUACCUGCAGUAUUACCAUUUUUCCAUAUUUAUGGAAUGAAUUGUGUGGUAUUGCCACGUCUCGCCUUCGGCGCGAAGAUAGUCACUAUUCCAAAAUUUGAACCAGAAAUGUUUCUCAACGUAUUGGAAACAAGCAAGGCAACUGUGCUGUUCUGCGUACCACCUAUAGUGCUAUUUCUAAAUACUUCUCCUCUUGUGAAAGUGCAACAUUUUGAGCGCUUGCGUAUGAUGAUGAGUGGCGCCGCGCCGCUAUCCAAAACGGACGUCGAUAGAUUUUAUGAGAAAUACAACAUUGAUCCGGAAGUCUUCAAGUUCCAUCAAGGUUACGGAUUGACAGAAAGUUCGCCAGCAGCGUUCUUUGAACUUGGAAAAAAAUAUUCCAGCAUUGGGAAAAAUAUUGCGAGUUGCCCAGCACGCCUGGUGGACAUAACGUCACAAGAGGAUAUUAGCAUUCCAGGUCAAACUGGCGAAUUAUGGAUCAAGGGACCUCACGUUAUGAAAGGAUAUCUAAAUGACGAAGAAGCUACGAAGAAUACUAUAACCGAUGAUGGAUGGCUGAAAACCGGCGAUGUCGCAUAUUUCGAUGAAGAUUUUGAUUUCUAUAUUACAGACAGAUUAAAAGAACUCAUCAAAGUCAAAGGAUUUCAGGUAGCGCCAGCGGAACUGGAAGCGUUGCUGCGGAUGCAUCCAGACGUAGAGGAAGCGGCAGUGAUAGGUAUUCCGCACGAGAGAUAUGGUGAGGUACCGAAAGCAUUCGUGAUAGUGAGCAAGGGUAAGAAACCUAAGGAGGACGACAUUAAGAACUUCGUGAAAGGGAAGGUCUCCGACUACAAGCAACUAGAAGGUGGAGUUACGUUUGUUGACACUAUUCCAAAAAAUCCGAGCGGAAAAAUUCUAAGAUCAAAGUUGAAGCAAAACGGCAAAUCUUAAUCAAAAUAGUAUUUGAUAGAAAUGUUUUAAAAUUAAAAUCAACGGUAUUAAAAGUUAUGCACAAUAUGUAUAAAUGAAUGUGCGUGAAAUGUAAUUUUUCGCGGAUGUAUAUCAUUAUGUAUGCAUGUAUAGUGCUUUGCUCAAUGGAUCUAUAAAAUCUUCAGAUAAAUUAUAAAUCAUCUACUCCAUCAAAAACAGAAUAUAAUAUUAAAAGACAAUUCAAGUAUUGUUUUAAAAAAGGAACUAGCAUAAGAAUAACGAGAAAUGUUUCAUACAUUUUUAAUUGUAAUGUUUUAAUUGUGAUGUUAUAUUUCAUGGGAAAAAUUCUUCUGUUUUUGGUCUCAUAUACAUGCAUAUAUGUAAAUACAAUAUUACAUGUGACAAAAUAAUAUUUUUAUAAAUUUGUAAUUCAUGUUACUAUUGAAUCUAUUAUAUUGUAAAAUUAAAGCAUCACCUAUUCUGUUUCCCAGAAACAAAUUUCAAGAGUGUACUUUCAUAAAAAAUCAGUAAGUCGUUUAUUAAACUGUUGAUCUAAAACGUAGAAAUUUUAAGCUGGAAAAGCCUUGUUGGAAAAUUUAUUAGGAUUAUUUUUGAUACAGUUAUAAUCUCUUAAAAUGUACUUUUUUUAGGAACAGAAUAGGUGAUGCUUUAACUUUGUUGCAUGUAUGUAUAUAUGUAUUUGUUGUAUAUAAAUUUUUUAUAAUUAUUGUAUCUUAGUUUCUACUUAGAGUUUACAUGAGUCAGUCUGUUGAACAAAAUAAAGUUUAAGUUUUAUAAAA